AUGGCGCGCAAGAGGCAUCGCGAUCGCGACGGCACGGACGCCCUACUCCCUCCUCAUGGUCGACGCCGCGGCAGGCGGCGGCCACAAGGCGCCGCCCGCCCGCAACCUCGGCGCGUUCCCCGGCGCCAAGCGCGGCAUGUCCUUCGUCGCCGCGCACUCGAAGCACGGCUCCUGGAUCGUCGGCGUCGGCGGGCGGAGAGGGUACACGGUCAUCUACGACCCGAGCACGCAGGCGCAGCUCAGCGGUCCGGACCUCCGCUGCCCGAAGCACGAAAACCCAUCCUCAUCUCCCACGGAGGCAAGCUGUACGCCCUCUCACGCCACCCCAGGGUGGGGCGAGACGCGACGCACGACUUCGAGCCGUGGUUCGAGUCCCUCGACCUCAACGACGGGGACAACCCAUGCGACGAUGGCUGCUGGUGUUGCUCCUUCUGGACAGCCUUGCCGCCGCCGCCCUUCUUCCCUUGCUCCCUGCGACCGGAGGAAUUCCGCAGCCCGCCGGACAUCACCGUCUCAUCCUACGCCGCCGUCGGCCCCUACAUUUUGAUCUCCUUGGAGCAGCAAGACCAGGGCACCUGUGCUUUCCACGUGGUGGAGAAAACGUGGGAGAAGGUCUCCGACAAGGGCCUUCCUUUCGUUGGCCAGGCCGUGCCCCUCGGCGGCAGCCUCUUCGCCGGCUGCAGCGUCAUAUCCAAGACUGGCCCCCUACCGGGAGAUUCGCCGGUGUCCCCCGCCGCCUCGGUGUUCCACAUGUCCAUCAAGGCCUCUUCUACCCCGUCGGCGCCACCCGAGCUCACUGCCACCUUGCUAUCAAUCCAAGAGUUGGCCGGAGAAUUAUUAUGGGAGAUUCCCCGGCUGUUCUUCUGCCCCCUGGGUAAGGGCAGCUUCUGCUCCAUCAGGAAGGGCAUUAUUUGUGAAUACUACGGCAGAGAAUCCAAGUGCGUUGUGGAUAUGCCGAUUAUCUUGAGUACCUUCCACGUGGACGACAUCGAGGCUAUCUUGGCUGCCUGUCAGACAGAGCGCGGUGAGGCCCAGGAUUUGCAAGUUGCAGUACAAGUGAAACAACAUGAUCGGACAGACAAAAUCAAAGCCCGAGCUCGAUGGCUUCCAGGCAUGCCUGUGGUUGCAGCCUUGUCCAUGGACAGUGAACAACAUAUUGAGUUAUUGCAAGAGGAAACAACCCAGAUACUGAACCAAAAGGGGAUCGGCGGCACUGGGGGUGAGGGCCGGAAUCUGUCCGUGUACCUUGCGGUAUGCUGUCGGGACUGGUCUGUUUCUCAAACCAAGGCUCCCCUGUACAAGGUGGAAAUUGCCCUCUCCAAUUCCGACGACCCUUCUUUGCUGCCGGGAGCGGAGCCUGCUGGCCGGGUAACCCUGCACCGAGCCCGUAAUCUGGAAACUAACAUGAACGGCGAGACCUUCGUCUCCUUGUAGUCAGGGUGGAUAGUCGGCAUCGGGGGCAAUCCUGGCAGCACCAUCAUCUUUGACACCAAGAGUGGGAGAAUGAUCCGCGGGCCAAACCUGGUGGCCAGGAAGUGGAGCCCUGUGGUGGCGGUCGUCGGGGACAUGAUCUAUGCCCUCACAUCAACCCCUGACCACGUUCAAGAGCCCAACUUCGUGCCAUUGUUUGAGGUCCUCGAUCUCUCCAAGCCGGACGUCAUCGAGACUGCGGAGGGGGUGCUCAGCCUGGCGGACACGUGCACCUGGAUGCCAUUGCCGUACCCGCUCUGCUUCCCUUGCAAGCUCACCCCGACGGACUUCCGCAGGCCGCCCAUGAUAAGUGUCGCGUCCUCCGUGGUGGUCGAGCCUUACAUUUUGAUAUCGGUCAGUCGCCCGUACAACUUUACUUAUGCAUUUGACACCAGCUCAGGAGAGUGGCAUCAGGUCGAGGGCGAGCAACUGCCGUUUGUUGGCGCCGCCGCCCCGCACGGCGGCGGCAUCUUCCUUGCGCCUUCUCACAAGUACGGCCCCAUCAAAGCUUACUGCAUCCGAGUCUCAACAUCUGGCAAGGGUGGUGCUAUUGAGUUGUCCACCACUGUCAUCCCGGUGAGAAACGAGGAGCAUGAAGAAAUUAACGCAAGGGGCGCGCGCUACGUUCACCUGGACAGGGAACACUUCGCUCUGUUGUCUUGGCAGAAGGACAGCGGACGCUACAUGUCUUACGAUACAAAGACUGACGAAACUUAUCCAAGGAAGUUAUAUCUGAACUUGGUUACCUAUCGAACUGGGAGGUGUGUACUCGAGGGGAAGACUCCGGAGAUUGUUGUCUCCUGCCAAUCGGAGCAGGCCUUCAGGAUCUGCAGUUCCCCUGGGUUCUCUGAUGCGCCCAUCGCCUUCACUUUAUCCAUAUAUAAAUAAUGCCAUUGGACACUUUUAUUUGACAGUAUGUUCCUUUUUUUUUAACAACAAAAGGCGCACUAGGCGCCAAACUUUCUUAUUUCAGCUCAGAAACAACGUACAGCAUGAAUUACAAAGCCCUGAAAUUGAAAAGUAGAGAGAAGAGAAACUACAGGGCAAGUCAUAUUCCGAUGAGCUGAAGCGAAACAACAUAUAUCAGGUUCUACCACUGAUGUUAGAACCUGGUGAGCUACAUUGUGUGCAAUACCAUUGAUCUCCCUAGAGAUGUGAAACACCUGGGACUGAAGAUCUGAGGAGUAGCAGAAGAAAUCAGCCAGAAUUUUCCUUAUAGUCCAAGGAGUAGUAGAUUCCUUAAUCUUUCUGCUAGCUGCCCAUGACGCCAAAGACAGAUUGUCAGUGAGGAAAGUGGGCUGAGAAAUGCAUAGCUGUUUGGCCACUCGAGCCGCCAAAAGAAGCGCCAAAGCUUCACCUUGUAAAGGUGUAUCUGUGAUAACAGUAGAAGCUUGGAUCUGCACAUUGACCUCCAAUUGGUCUUGUGGUAAAGAGAGGUAAAUUCCAAUUCCAGUAGCAACAGAUCCUUGAGUCAAGCCUGGAAUUUUUUUGCAUCUAAAUGCUGCAUCAGAGUAUACUCUUGGUCCUGUAACUAGAAGAUCAGACUUAAUCGUUUUCCCCUGCAUAGGAAUCU